CAGUCGCAUGAGCUUAGCUCUAAGCAAAGAGACGCUUCGUUGGUCAGUUGCCGCGAAACAGUUUACGGUGAAGGUGGUCUAAUCAGAGUGACACGGCUGCUAGUGGAGAUUUACAAAUAGAAAUAUAUUUCAUAAUUUAUUUUUGUUUUUAUAACAAGCACUGUAGCCUCUUAGGCGUACAAAAGUAUACAAAAAAAAAAAAAAUAUUUAUCUACUUUGUUUGCAAACAAGUGGUGUUUUGUGUUCAACGAAAUGAGACGAUUGUUUUUGUUGGCCCUGUGUGCCGCAGUGCUGAACUUGAACGCUCUAGUGCGUGCAGAGGGACAGGGUCAUUACUCGGUGAUUGCUCCCGGUACUUUGCAUUCGAAUAACAAAUAUACGGUUGCCGUAGCAGUACAUCAAAAUAAGGAGCCCGUUACAUUAAAAGUUGGUUUAGUUGGUCCUUAUUUUGAGAAAUCUGAAACAGUUCAAUUGCAAACGGACGAGACGAAAUUAGUGGAUUUUGAUGUACCUGUACUGGCAAAGGGCAAAUACAAUCUCACUGCCGAGGGUGUGGCCGGUUUGAUAUUCAAAAACACGACGGAACUCAAUUACGAUAGUUUUGCUGCAAUCACUAAAAUACAAACUGACAAGGGUAAAUAUAAACCUGGCGAUAAAGUGAAUUUCCGUGUAUUAUUUUUGGAUGAGAAUUUGAAGCCAGGUGUGGCGGAGAAAGAUGCUGUGAUAUGGUUUGAGGAUGGUAAACGCAAUAUCAUCAAGGAAUAUAAGAAUUUCGAUCUGAAGAAAGGCGUAUUUACUGGUGAAUUCCAAAUAUCCGAAUUUGCGGUACUUGGUGGUUGGCGCUUGAUUGUGAAAAAUGGCGGUUCGUACAAUCAGGAGGUCUACUUUGAUGUCGAGAAAUAUGUGCUACCAAAAUAUGAAGUUAAAGUAGAGUCCACUGAAGCGGUUUCUGUACGUGAUGGCGACGUUGAUAUUGUAGCGCGUGCUAAUUAUACUUACGGCAAGCCCGUUGAAGGUAAAGUAACAGCCGUACUGGGUUAUGGGGAUCUGUAUUCUUACUCUGCAGAUGAAAAGAUCAAAACGGCACCAACGCUUAUUAAAAGCGCUGACAUGGUGAAUGGAAAGGCAAAAUUGUCACUCAACGUCAAAGAGUUCAAGGAUCACUUAGUGAGCGACUCGUAUGCCUCAUCGAUACAAAUCACAACAACAGUGGAGGAAGCAUACACUGGCGUAAAAUUAAAUGAAACCAAAUAUAUCAGUGUUUUUCCCUAUCGCUAUGUUAUGAACUGCGUAACUUAUGAUACUUGUUACACAUACCACGCGGAUAAAGAAGCAGAAGUUCUGUUACAAGUGAAUUUCGUUGAUGGCACAGUGAUAACGGAUACUAAGAAUCCGGUUAAACUCACAUUCAAGGAGAAGUUAUCCGAACGACACUACUGGCAUGGAUCACGUAAGAAUGAAGAGAAGGCAACAACGCCGAAGCCAACGAUCGAAGGAAAAAUCUAUACCUUUGAGAGUCAUCUAAAUGGCACAGGAUUUGCGAAAUUUGCAGUGAAAUUACCUAAUUUAGAUGAAAUCCCGGACUAUCAACAUUACUACGAAGUUACGGCUGAAUAUAUUGAUGAGCAACGUAAAGUUUCCAACACUUACCAAUACCGCGAACCGAAAAAUAUGAAGCCACAAGAAGAAACAGAACCAAAGGAGUGGUUCAGACUAGCGGUUAAUUAUCCGUCUAAUAAGUAUUCGAUAAACUCCUCCGAAAUCGUUACAAUAACCGUAAACUCUAGUCAGCCCCUGCCAUAUUUAAUUUACGACAUUGUUGGCCGUGGUAACAUUAUAGAACAACAAAGAGUUGAUUUGCCUGAAAACACCAAAGUCUUUAACAUCACUCUGCCUUACAAACACCUAUACGCUCCAUUCGCAAGGUUGUACGUUUAUUAUGUGGAUUCACAAGGCGAGUUCCACUCGACGGAGUCAUCAUUCCAAGCUGAAAUGGAACUGCAAAAUAAGAUUGACAUAACUUCCCCGGAUGAGGUGAAACCCGGUGAGACUGUGCCUUUGCAUAUUAAGACGGCGCCACAUUCAUUUGUGGGACUUUUAGCUGUCGAUCAGAGUGUGUUACUACUCGCAGGUAAUAACGAUAUAUCUGAAGAUGAAUUUAGAUGGCGCGUGGGUAGUUAUGAUACAAGCACGCCAUGGCAAGGUGGCUAUUCGCAUUAUCCUGGUGAAUAUACAGGUGUAGUUACGUUGACAUCCGCUGAUUACUUUUACAAUUGGACCAAACCAGUUUAUGCACCUGCAGUACCCUUCAGUGCUCGCGGUGAAGUAUUUCAUAGCUUCAACAAGGUAAGCGACGAAGCCAUAACUACUAUGGCACCACAAGGUGCCUUCGGUAUUGCUGGUGGAGCAGGUGCUUCGGCAUCACCACCUUCCCAACAGCCAACAAUACGUAAGGAUUUUAGAGAAACCUGGCUUUUUACAGACAUCGAAGACACACAAGCAGAAGAAUUUGAUUUCCCAGAAAAAAUACCAGAAACUAUUACCUCUUGGGUGCUAACGGCAUUUUCUGUGAAUCCAGAGAAAGGACUUGCUGUGAUGAAAGAUCCUACGAAGAUCAAAACAUUCCAGCCCUUCUUCCUGUCGCCACGGCUGCCCUACUCCGUGAAGCGAGGUGAAGUCGUCAACACGCAACUUUUAAUCUUCAACUACCUGGAUAAGGCUUUAGAUGUCGCUGUCACACUGGACAAUGUGGACAAUGAAUAUGACUUCACCGAUGUCUCUAAUGAGAUUAUUAAUGAGCCGAGCCGUGUUAAAAAUGUCCGCGUACCCGCUCAAUCUUCAGCUGGUGUUUCAUUUAUGAUUCGUCCCAAAGUUAUUGGCAACAUUCUGCUGAAAUAUACCGCCGUCUCACCAAUUGCUGGUGAUGCCAUACACAAAGCACUGAAAGUGGUGCCCGAAGGUGUGACGGAGUACGUAAAUCGUGCAUACUUUGUAAAUCUUAAGGAAACACCGGACUUCAAGCAGACCUUCGAAUUGGAUUUGCCCCAAGAUGUCGUGCCAGACUCAGAGCACGUAGAAGUCUCAGCUAUUGGCGAUAUUUUAGGGCCGCUCUUAAAUAAUAUGGACCAUUUAGUACGUCUGCCAACGGGCUGCGCUGAACAAACUACUUCAUCCUUUGUACCCAACUAUGUGGUUUUGGAAUACCUAAAUAAAACCAAUAAACUAACACCAUCAUUGCAAUCACAAAUUCAAAACAAUCUUUUAUCUGGCUACCAACACAUUCUGAACUUCCGCUUGGAUGAUGGCUCGUUUAGUUCCUUCGCCAGAUAUAAGGACUUGGAUCACCCGCUCAAUGGCUCUACGUGGUUAACCGCCUAUAUUGUGCGCUCUCUUAAUCAAGCUAAGCCACAUAUUAAUGUCGACGAGAAAGUGCUGACUACAGGAUUGAAGUAUCUGAUCAGUCAACAAGCAGAGAAUGGUAGUUUUCUUGAAAGCAACGAUUUCUUCUUUGGUUCUUAUAGAAAACCAUUGACUCUUACUGCUAGCGUUUUACUUACCUUAGUAGAGGCAGAGGAACUCAGUAAACCAUACGAAGCAGAAAUUGAAAAAGGUUUACAAUAUAUUUUGAAUAAUUUGGGUAAAGAGGAAGAUCUUCAUGUUAAGGCCAUCACAGCGUAUGCUCUAAACAAAAUCUCUAGUCCCGCAGCAGCUACACAACUGGCAGAGCUGCAAACCCUCGCUAAGACCGAAGAUGAUCGCAAAUGGUGGACGAAUAAAAAGGAAAACCCUUCCAAAUUAUGGUGGCGCUGGGCUUUCAGCAACGAUGUAGAGAUCACCUCUUAUGUCUUGCUUACACUUUUUGAAAGCGACAAGGCAACCAUCGACGAUGUAUUGCCUGUUAUACGUUGGUUGGUGGCACAGCGCAAUAGUUAUGGUGGCUUUGCAUCAACACAAGACACCGUGCUGGGACUUAAAGCACUAAUUAAAUUUGCCGAUUUCGCUGGAUACGAAGCAGCUAAUAUGAAGUUGGACGUAAUUGGUAAAGGUGGUGAUAGAGAAAAGAGCGAGACCAUUCAAAUGACACAAGAUAACGGUUUACAGACACAAAGUGUAGAGUUACCACAAAAAACAAAAUCGGUUGAUUUGAGCGCCACAGGUACCGGCGCUGCUCUAGUACAAGUCGCUUACCAGUACAACGUCUUCGAGAAGGAGAAACAGCCCACUUUUAAAAUCGACACUGCUAUAAACAAAGAAGCGCCUGCUUUUAAGCUUGAUAUGGAGGUUUGUGUACAGUACAUUGGCGAAGGAGAGGCAUCAAAUAUGGCGCUACUGGAGAUCUCAUUGCCUUCCGGUUAUGUAGCCGAUGAAGAGAGCUUUAAUCAAAUUGAAGCAGUUAAACGUGUCAGGCAAGUGGAAAGUAAACAGUCGGGCACAACGAUCGUGGUCUACUUUGAGAGUCUUGCGAAGAAUGAUGUGUCUUGCGUGCCGGUUGAGGCGCUUAAACAACACGCUGUUGCUAAUCAGAAACCAAGUCCGAUCGUUGUGUACGAUUAUUAUGAUACAGCGCAAAAAGUAACCGAGUACUACACGGCAUCUUCGAAGUUGUGUGAUAUUUGCGAGGACGAUGAAGAGUGCAAGAAAAUGUGUGCUACGCAAGUGUAACAUAAUUGUUUGUAAAUUAAUAAAAAUUUAAUACUUUUGUAUAUACUCAUUUCCAUAAAAUUGGUUAAAACAAAUGAAGAUUUAAGAAUAAAAUAAAAAAAAAAGUUCUAAAACAUU